AGGCUGCCAGUUAACAACAUGACAAGCUCUAGUAAAGCUGGCUUAGCAGGCAGCUUAGAAUGAAAAAAUUGUCUCCGUGGUCCAUUGGCUAACAUCAAGACGCUUCUCCUGCAGCACAUUUGGUGAUUUCCAAAAUGAGAAUGGAAUCGUUCCUUUUAAACAGGAAAUAAUCUAGGCGUUUUGGCAAGAUUUUUGGGGGUGGUGGUAGAAAAUAGUCCUAACCUUUUAUGAAAGGCAAUUAGAUGUGACGCCAGAGCCUCUCCAAGAAGAAAAUCUCCUUGGAUGUUUAACACAUCCAGGACAGUUGACACUUCUAAAAAGGGACUUGGUUCUUUUCCCUUUGCCUUAAAAGAAAGGACAGAAUUAUGUGUGACUUUUCUUGGAAAAUCUAUUUAGGAAUGUGUUUACUUGUGUUCUUUGAAAGGGAUUUUCAAGCAUUUGCAGAUGUGACCCAAUUACCUGCAGAAGAUAUAGACAUGAAGGAACCUACACCAGAUCUUCCACCUAAUGGCUGGCGGUCAAUUAGAAGCCACCCCCAGUUUCUGGAUUCUAGGCAUCUUCUUGAUUUCAGGGAAUCUGAGAAAUUAAGCAAGCGCAUGCGCUUUCGAAGAAAAAGAUCAAUUUUCUUUCCUACUGGAGUUAAAAUAUGUCCAGAUGAGUCUAUGGAACAGGCUCUUGUCAACCAUUUGAAAUAUUUCAAACUCAGAGUGUGUCAGGAGGCAGUAUGGGAAGUCUUCAAAACUUUCUGGGAUAGGCUUCCAGGACAUGAAGAAUAUCAAAAGUGGCUAAAUCUGUGUGAGGAGGGAACAAUGAGUAUAUUUGAGAUGGGCUCCAACUUCAGUCAGUCAGAGGAACAUCAAAACCUCUUAUUGAAGAAACUAUCCUAUGCUAAAGAAGCAGUGGGUGGUUCCUGCAGUGAUUGGUCCUGUGGCCAAGCUGGUCCAGAGCUUCAUAUAUGCAGUUUUGGGGUACCAACACCUUCUCCAGCUGGUGAUGCUACCACAUUAAGAGAUGCAGCUGCUAAUGUUCCACCGCCAGAUGUAGUGUCAGUUGAGAGCCCUUCAGACAUUACCACUGAAAAGAUUGAAUACUCAGAAAUCAAUAAUGAGAUAAAGAGAGAUGAUGAAAAACUGGUGAAACCAUCACCUGAACAGAUGGUCGAGUUCAGCAUACUUCUUCCAGAGGAAAAAUUCACCGAGGAGCUGAGUGACCCCUUUACAGAAGAGUACCAGCAACUCUCACUGCAGUUUGUUUCUGAAAUUCAAAAUGCAUAUGAAGGUCUCCCUGGAUACAAGAAUAUUUAUGUAAAUGAAUUCAGGCCUUCUCAGGAUGACAGUGGCAUGGAAGUUCUGUACACAGUGGUUUUUGAUGGGGAAGCUAUCAGCAAUGCCACCUGGGACCUCAUCAAUCUUCAGUCCAACAAAGUGGAGGACAAUGCCUUUUUAGAGAUUGAAGAUAACCCAACCGUUGUUUACACAGUCAGUGACUUCAGGCAUUAUAUUGCUGAAAUCCUCCACAAGAACACUUUACUUGAGAAUGCUUCAUUGAACUUGGAUCCUGAUUCUCUCCAACUCAUUAACGUAAGAGAAGUGGACUCAUCUGUGACUGAAACCCCAUCUCGAAUUACUACGAAGCCUAUUGAUUACGAUCAUGCUGUGGUAUCUGAAUGGCCCUCUGCAGAUGAGUCAACUGUAAGCAACAUCUUGCCACUUGAUUUCACCAGACCAGGUUUUGUCUAUGAUACGGAACAAUUCAAUGGCAAUGAAAUCUGGUUAAGACCAGAUGGUUCUGUGAGCCCUGAAAGUAAUCUGAGUUCGACACCAAAGCCUACUUUACAUUCAAAAGAUGGCACCACAAUUUCCCCAGAUGAUUUACUUUUUGAGGAUGAAGAACAGACAUUGCAUCCUAUCACACCAUCAAUAUUAGAGACUGACUCCCCUGUCACCAUGGACAGCCUUUCUAAUUUGUCUUUGUCAGAACAUGGGCUUGAGGAUGUUGAUGAAUCAGAAGGUUUGUUUUUGCCUUCAAGUCCUGCCAGUCACAUUGUGCCAAAGGAAAUCUCACCCACAAGUGAGUCUGUGGUUCCUUUCACUCCUGUGCCACCAAUGGCCUCUGUAUCAGCCAUAGAGGCUAGCACUGCUAAAGUGUUACCUACAAGUUUUGUAGAAGAGGAAACUCUACAACCUUAUAUAUAUGUAGAGGAAGAAAAUAUCGACGAUUAUGGUUCUGGUUCAGGAUUUGAACCACAAACAAACAUAUGGCCUUGGUAUACACCUACAUUGGAGACAGAUGGGUCGGGUAUGUAUGACUAUAAAGAUUCAAAUUUUAUAUUGGAUUCUUCAAAAGACUAUGUAUCUGAGGACCUAUUAGAUGAAGUCAUCUCUCAGUCACCUUUUGAAAUAGAAGACAUCUCAGUGGAAAAUGUUUUUACUACAUCUACCGAGAUGUAUAGCAUAGUGCAGUUGGAAGAUUCUACUGAGGAUUUACAAAUCCAAGAGCAAAUAAUAACAGAGCUGUCACCAACAGAUUCUCCUCCUGUAGCCAUUACAAUAAAACAGCCAGACAGUAGCUCUUCAAGAAUGGGACUCGAGAAACCAGAAAUAAUUUUAACAGCAAAACCUACUGUGGAAAGUCCAGUUACUGACAAUUUCAUGACAGAACAUCAGAUGCCUGAUUCAACAGCUCAAGAAGCUUCUGGCUCAAUUGAUUUGAAACAUGUUGUUACUCCUUCUGUUGUUACUGAGGGUGCCACAAUUGGGCCUGCAGAUGAAUUUGCAACUUCAGUAAUGUCAACUAGUUUUGAAAUUUCAACUGUGGCUCCUUACUUAAUAGAAGUAGUAACUGGUCCCAAAGACUUCACUGAAGAGUACAGUGCAACCCACAUCAGUAUUGCUAGCAGCAUUGACAGUGAUGUACAUUCACCCACAACUAUAACAGAGUAUCCUGUCCAUGUACUCUCUGAUGUGCCUACCACACAGUCAACUGUAUUUCAGCCUACAGUUAUCUCACCUAAAAUGGAUGAAGAGUUAUUCACAGAAGUAUUGGAUGUUACAGAUCAAGGCCGCAUAGAUACGACAUAUUACUCUCCAGAAAUGAAUCAAGAAGGAAGAAGUAUGACAGACAGUCAAUUGGAGUUGUCUACAAGUGCCCAUUCUACAGAAAUGGCCAGUGUAGCUGGGGCUACCCAUGAAAAUCUCAGCAAUGUUACUGUCCCUGCACGUGCUUUAGUGGUAUUCUUUAGCCUUCGAGUUACCAACAUGAUGUUUUCUGAGGACUUAUUUAACAAAAAUUCCCCUGAAUAUAAAGCCCUGGAACAGAGAUUCUUAGAACUGCUUGUUCCUUAUCUACAGUCCAAUCUAACGGGUUUUCAGAAUCUAGAAAUUCUGAACUUCAGAAAUGGUAGUAUUGUAGUCAACAGCCGAAUGAAGUUUGCAAGACCCGUUCCUCGCAAUGUGACAAAUGCUGUGUACCUGAUUCUGGAAGAUUUUUGCAACACUGCCUACCAGACUAUGAACCUGGCUAUUGACAAGUACUCUCUCGAUGUAGAAUCAGGAGAACAAGCGGAUCCUUGCAAAUUCCAAGCAUGCAAUGAGUUCUCUGAAUGCCUGGUGAACCAGUGGAGUGGAGAAGCUGAAUGUGUUUGUUAUCCUGGAUACCUAAGCAUUGAAGGAUUGCCAUGUAAUAGCAUUUGUGAUCUGCAACCAGACUUUUGUCAAAAUGAUGGCAAAUGUGACAUAAUCCCAGGGCAAGGGGCAAUAUGUAGAUGCCGUGUAGGUGAAAAUUGGUGGUACAGAGGAGAGCACUGUGAAGAGUAUGUCUCAGAGCCACUUGUUGUGGGCAUUGCAAUUGCUUCAGUGGCUGGCUUCCUUCUUGUAGCAUCUGCAGUCAUUUUCUUCCUAGCCAGAACCCUUCGAGACCAGUACUCAAAGAGUGAAAUUGAAGACUCCUUGGCUCAAGGGGACAGCCUCUCAUCAAUUGAAAAUGCAGUAAAAUACAACCCAAUGUAUGAAAGUGAUGCCACUGGACAUAGCCAUUACUAUCGGAGAUAUCCCCAGCUUACUUCAUACAGCUCAACAAGCAAUGAAACAUCUACUGAGUACAGCAGUGAUGAGAUUAGACACAUUUAUGAACACAGUGAGCUAACGAAAGAGGAGAUUCAGGACAGGAUACGAAUUAUAGAACUUUACGCAAAAGAUCGGCAGUUUGCAGAGUUUGUAAGACAGCAUCAGAUGAGUUUGAAAGCUGUCAGAAACCCAAAUCCUACAAGUUAGUCCUUCUUGAACUCUACAAAUCCAACAAGGAAGGUGCUUUAAAAACUGGAUCCAGUAGAAAGAUUGCAGGAGAUCAUGAUGGACAGUAUUACUACAAGGAGGAUAUGCUGAUCUUGCUGCAAAGUUACAUAGAGUAUUUUCAGUGAAGUUUGUGGAUCUUAAUUGCUCGUGAAUGGAUUCUCCUUUCCUCUGAAUGGAUAACUAUGGAAAGCUAUGUAACAUUGGACUUUAUGAAUGCAAUUGAACAUUGUGAAAGAUCAAAUAGAGCUUCAAAGAUCAUUAAAGUCAGUUUCACAUACCUGUCACAAAGAACAGAUUUUUAAAAUAUUUAAAUGAAAAACAGAAUGUUCCACAGUUAUUUUGUUCUUAUCCUGUGGAUGGGGUUUUCAUUCUUCUUUUUUAUAUAUAAAUACAUUUUUUAAAUAUGGACUGAUAUCUGGUGAUCUCUACUUUGGAAAGUUUUUUCUGUUAAACAUUGUUGGUAGGAAUAUCAAUGCUGGAUUGCAUGUGUUGGUAGGACUAUCAAUGCUGGAUUGCAUGUGACAAGUUUAGACACUUGUUUUCUGUCCUUAAGGAAACAAUUUGGUCCAUUAGUAAGUAAAAAUAAAAUCAGAUGUUACGUUAUCUAGUUGUCUUGUGUGUAAGGUAGACUUAACUUCCCCUGCCAAAAAAAAUAAAGUAAAAUUAGAUAAAUUUUUCCAAAAUAAAAUCUUUUACUAGGAACAUGCUAAGGCUGGAAUCAACCGUACUUCCUUCUGAUUGCAUGUGUAUAGAAUCCACUGUAGAAAGGAAAUUUCUUAUUGCUAUGUUUCUUACACUUUUGUAGCUUCUCCUACUGUUGCCUUUCAUGUUAUACCUAAGCUUGAGAAAUUGGAUCAAACCACCUAGGACAUUAUCCUCUCUACCUGAAGAAAUGGCAGAAUGAUGGAAUAUUAGUUUUGUACAUAUAUCACAGAGACAGAUGCCUGGAGGCAAGAACAGCAGAAUAUCCUAGAAUUAAUUAAAAGCUUUUCUUUUAAACUAUCAAGAGUUUAACUUGUCAGAUGUUGAAUUAACAUGAAAGUUUAAAAAAUAGCUAUUAAGUUAGUGUAUGUAUUUUGUAUUUCUAAUUCUUUCCCAGUAACUGGUUCUUUUCAGAAUAGUUUAGUAUAUGUCAUAAUUAAAGUUAGGGCUGGAUUCAAAUAAUCCACUUCAUUCAUCCACUAGACAGAUAUUAUUCAACUCCUUAAUUCUUUGGGACUGCUAUGAAGGUUUUCCCUCAAGCUUUCUGCCCUUCUUGAGUGAAAUGAGUGCAAAAAAACUAAUUACUUGUUUCAGCAAAGCACAUACUAAUUUUUCUGGAUAGAAAAAAUAUAUUAUGGACUUGUGGCAGAGAACCACGUAGUUUUAUUACAUGCAACAAAUAGAGAACCCAGUGGAUAUAAUAGGUGUUACAUGUAUUUAUCAUGUGAACUCAUAGACUUUUUGUUUGGUAAUCACUGCUUUAAAUUAGCUGGCAUUACAAUAUGAUGUCAUGUGGCAUGGAAGGGUAAGGAAAAGGAAUUUUGUUAAAGGUAAAGUUGGCUCAAAUCCAGCACAGUUACUCUUUUUUAAAAAUUAGUACUGUAGUAGAUAUGCUCCUUGUUCAGGAAUCAAGGCACAUUCAAAGUUUUACUCAAACCAAUGUGGGUGGUUUCCUCCCCACACUUGAAAUAGCUUCUGUUUUGUGAUUAUUGUUCUGUAACUCCAUCCCACAGCCUUAAAAUUAUGAUGUUUGCAAGUCUGGGCUUCCCAAAGCCAUUGCAAUGCAUUUGAACAAUUGAGGAAUUCCUGAAAAUGGGAAUUAUUGAGCAACAAAUGGAAGGAAGACUACUCCAAAGUCCUUUUAGGAAUUUGCAGCUGGAGGUAUGUCUUAGGGCAGCAUUCCCCAACUAGCACCCUUUAAACAAGUUGGAUUACAGCUCUUAUCAACCUCUGCCCACACUACCAAUGGCUUUCAUACCAGGAAUGGUGGGUGUUUUAAUUCAGCACAUCUGGACAUCAUUUGGGGAACACUGUCAUAAGAUCUGGUUCUGAAAUGUAUUAAUGUGUAAAAAUGGUGCAUGAGAAAUUACUCAUAUCUUCAUGUUUCUUGCUUGCCUUUGUACUCUACCAAAAAUCUGCCAUUUAGGGCUGGUCUGCACUGUUGCUUUACAGCACAUGAAUCUUCAAUUGGGGUGAAUUAGAAGUGCCUUUUCCCUGCACAACUGGACUCCAGGCACUGAGCAAUCCUAUCUUUAGAAAAUCACUCCAAUUUAAAGAGCCCGCACCCCUCACAGUACCACAUCAGUAUUUAGUUCAGCAAAAAGACAACAGUAAAGGUGCUCAUAGUAGAGUGGAAAUUAAAGUAUUCUUUCAAUAUUGACAAGCUCCUCAAUAUUGCUUGUCCACAAUGUCUACAACAUGCUAUUUUUAUGUAGCUGACAUGUCCACAAUUCUUCUAAUUUAUUUAUUUUUCUCCCCUCACCCCCAAUAUCCCUCUCUCACACACAUAUGCAUUCUAGCCCUUGUAUCUCAAAGAACAUCUGUUAUCCUAGUACAAUCUAGCAAACAGAGAAAGGAAAAGAGACAAUUCACAGAAACACAGAACCCACUAAAUGUGCUGAUAGCAGUACAAACCAAAGCUGCAUAACAUGUAAGCUGGUAUAAUUUGCAGUGCAGACUCAGCUUCAUAUAUACCAAUACACUGUAGUUAUAGAAAUUGACCUUAAUCAUGUUAGCAGAUUUAAAACCUGCAAACAGACAUGGAUUUAAAGUAAUGUAUCAAAUAGUGUGAGACAUAUUUUGUAGUGUAGCUCAAAUCCCCAUACUGUGUCCUAUGCAUUUUUCUCAACAAUAGUUUCUGAUUGCCUGAAUGCUAGCCUUGAUCAGGUUCCAGUCAGACCAAAAUUACAAUUUCUGUGUGUAUAAAGGAAAUAUUUUUUCUUAAUAUGUAUAAUAUCUGCUUAUUUUCACUGCAAUAAAACUUUUUUUGUUUCAA